AUGGCGAUGGAUCCGUUUGUGUCGACAAUCGCCACCACUUAUCGCUCAUCAAUGGAUCCGAUUUGUGCGGCGAAGAAGUCGUUAUAUCGCUGUUCCCGAUGUCAGCGGCGGUACUGUUCGUCCGAUUGUUUCCGAAGCCCACAACACAUCCAGUGCUCCGAAGAGUUCUUCAAACAGUGUGUCACUCAAGAGCUUCUAUCGCAACGAUUUGACGAUUCAUCGAAACACAGAUUAUUGGAAAUACUUAAACGAAAUGACAAUCAAUUGGCAACUGAUUUGAUUGCCGGCGAAGACGACGAUAACGAUGACAAUGAGAGCAACGAAGUGCCGUUUGAAGUGCGGUUCAAGAACUUAGACAUUAGUGAUUCUCAGCAACUUUGGGAUCAGUUGAGUGAUAGCGAGAGACAAGAGUUUAGUGAACUGUUAAAGAGUGGUAAAAUUGGCGAUUUAGUGGAUGUGUGGACUCCGUGGUGGACCGCAAGCCAACCACUGGUCACACCAUUAGGCGAGCCAUCAAUCGCUGAGACAUCGGAUAAUGUGUCAAAACGGCCACAAUUGGCGUCGAGUGUGACUCAAUUGAAUGAUUUAAUUUCAGUCAUGUGUCCGGCGGUCGUCAACUCACUCUUCAGUUAUUGUUAUAUCUGUCGUAUAUUUAAUGGAGAAUACGAUAGCAUUGAAGCGAUCGAUAUAUUCGUCCAGAAAUGUCCGCAACUUUGCAAACAUAUUAAUUGCGAUGAUUUGAACCAAUCGUUACAAAUGUGCGUUCAAGAAGUGGUGACAGAACAGCCAUCAUAUAUGGCUAUUCAACUGCUCCACGAUCUCAAGUGUCUCAUCGAUGGUCCAAAAGUUCAACCAUCGAAAGCACCGGAAUAUGUUUUGCGAGCAUUUAGUGAUUUAGUUUAUAUUAUAAACAAUGUUAAGAAAAAAUGUCCAAAAACUAAGCGAAAAGAACUCGAAUUAUUGGCGAAGAAGUUGGAGUUCUUCAUGAGUUGGUCUGUGGCUAAUGGCGUGUCUUUAGUCGAGUCCUUAAUUCAAAUAAAUCUGUUAACACUAUUGAAUGGCUUCGAGUUUGGAUAUCCCCUAAAAUGGGAUCCCUUAAGCAUUAAUGGAAACCAGAUGUGGUCGUCGGCCCACAUGUCCUCAAAUGGUAUCUCUUCGCUACCAAACCAUUUGGGUUUCAUCUCUGCACUGAACAAACCGUCUGAUUCUUGCACUUCUCCCCAGACGUCAUCCGGUCUACUGAUGGCAAUGGCAUUCGUGCCGAUCCAACCGUUUGGCCGCUUCUUCCACAGUCUCAUUGGCCUCCACUUUACCGCCGAAUCCGUUCCACUUGUUUUGGCCAAACCCUCGCUUUUUCAGUCCCAACAAAAUUUGUUUUGA